AUGGACAACAAAAGUACCCUGACAAAUGAAAUCAACAACCUACGAUCACGCAUCCUUGCAGAAGCACAUAGAAAAAGCAUUAGGAACACGGACGGAAAGGCAUUUUUUAGCUCAAAUAAACCCCUAUUCAACCAAUCUGUACGCACCAAUUCAAGCCAACAUGGACCAGACAAGUCUAAAUCCAAGUGCAACAACUGCGGAAAAAUUGGUCACUGGGCAGCGGAGUGCCGCGGCCCAGGCGGCGGUGCAUACAAACACGGUCAACAGAACAGAGGAAAUCAACCUAAUCGACGUUUUAACUCAUUGAACAAACCCCAAAACAACAACGCUUGUACGCAUAUAGCCGUUGCAGAAAAUAGCAAGACUAACGACUACGCGUUCUCAACCUUCAAGAACCUACGCAAAGAUUUUAGCAAGUCCACAUGCACAUGGAUAGCUGAUAGCGGCACAACUACUCACAUUGCAAAUGAUCAACGACUAUUCACCGACUAUAGGAAAUCCUUGGAUUAUGUUACCGGCGUAGCCGGUAAAGAGCCAAUUCUGGGCCAAGGCACUGUGGAGCUAUGGUGCCUAAUUGAUCCUGAGAAGACCAAACAAAGAAAGAUUAUGCUUACCAAUGUGGCCCACGUGCCUAGUUCCCCGGCAAACCUCAUCAGUUUAUCACUAAUCACUGAUAAGGGAUAUUGCGUCUCAAUGGAUCAAGACCAAUUAGUAAUAUAUGGUCCAAACAACAAACUGAUCACCUUUGGUUUGAAGCUACAAAAUAGAAGUCAAGGGAACCUAUGGAAACUAAAUGCCAAAACAAUAAACAAAGUCAGUGUGAACAAUAAGCAUACACCCACAGAACUUGCACUCGUGAAACAAACCAGUCAAACUUGGCUCGACUGGCACAAAGUACUCGGACACAUUGGCCUGCAAGCCCUUCAACAAAUCAAGAACACAAACGCAGUUAAUGGCAUGGAAAUAGUAGAAGAUAACAUAGGACUCAACUUCAAAUGCUUCUUACAACACAAGGACGAGACGUUAAACGAAUAUAAAUCGUUUGAAGCACUAUUAAAUACACAAAAGGACAAGAAAAUAAAACGAGUAAGAUUCAACAAUGGCAGAGAGUUUGUGAACAACGAUUGGAUCGAACAUGCAGCCCAGAGAGGGACCGUUUUGGAAACAACGGCCCUGUACUCAGCUCAACAGAAUGGAAUUGCCAAACAAUUGAACCAAACACUUACCGACAAAGCUCAAGCAAUGUUACUUGAGUCAGCUGCUCCAAAAUUCCUAUGGAAUGAAGCAUUGGCGUACGCGUGCUACUUGAAGAAUCAAGUACCCACGCAAGUGCAUGGUACAUUCUGGAAAACACCGUUUGAGGCGUUCUGGGGACGAAAGCCCAACGUUAGUGUCCUGCGACCUUGGGGUACCAAAUGCUAUGUACUUGAUCAAGGUAUCUCUGAUGUACAAGGCAAGAGUUGGCGUUACUACAAAACCAGAGCAAAUUGGAUAUUGCACUCACGCAAUAUCUUGUUCCCAAAGGACCAUGCGGCAAUCAAAGACGUUGCAGAUAACACCGAUUGGGGAGAAUUGGUCGCUCCGCCCGCUGAGGGGGAGAUGACUCAAACCAACAGCGCUGCGGAACAACCAACCAAACCUACUGGAACAGGGGGAGCACAUGUAGUUAGUAAAAACAAAGAAAAUGACUCAAAACUACCUAGCGAUAAAAAGCCUAUAAAGAGCGAACUAAAGACUGAGGGAACAACAUCGAACUCACAUACUCAACCAAUCCAACAACCUGUUGUCCCUAAGUCUAAUACCUCUUGCUCUAAGCCUGCUAUGCGCACCAACCCUAGCGCUGUUACUACUCAGUCAAUUCAAGCGAUUAAUGCACUCACCCCCGGUAGUGGAGAUGGAAUCCGAACCCGUAGUCGGAAUCCUAACGCCCCUGCCAUCUCUCUUGCAAGAGAAAGAGGCGGAGUCAAGAUCUCCAUCAAUGACACCACCCCAUCUGAACUCAAGGAUAUCUUUGCCGGUUCUAGCGACACCGACAGCUCCAAGAGCAAUGAUCACCGCACAUUCAGCCUACUCACCGACACCUCCUCCGUACUAUCCGCACCUACCAUCCCAUCCGAACUUGCCUUUGCACUGGAUGCCCUGCCAACGCUGCAAUCAACUACGUCCAUUGAUGGUACACUGGCAGACAAAUUUGGCCGCCUCCAGUUAUCCGACUACACUCCAACCAAGCCGGAUUCCCCCCUGGCAACAACCGGGCAUCUGGAACAAUCCUGGGCCGCGUUGGCCAAUCUGUCCAACCCAAACAACCACCCCACCGUGGAGGAGGCCCUUGCAGGACCACAGGCAAACAAAUGGUUGGAGGCAAUGCGGAAGGAGGUCAGCACACUUGAGAGGAUGGGUACGUACAAACACGUUGAACCCCCUAAAGAUUGUAAACCCAUUGGAAACAAAUGGGUACUGACACUCAAACGGAACGCCAAUGGUGAACCAGAACGCUACAAGGCGCGAUUAGUUGCACAAGGGUUCAGUCAACAACCCGGCAUCAAUUUUGACAAGACGUUUGCACCUGUUCUCGACGUCAACGCCGCUUACCUACAUGCUGAAGUUGACAAAGAACUAUAUAUGCAACAAAUCCCCUACUUCAAAGAUGGUACGAAUCGUGUCCUCAAGCUUAAACGUUCUAUUUACGGUCUGAAACAAGCCGGACGUAUGUGGAACAAGCUAUACAAUACCAAACUCCAAUCAAUCAGCUACCGCCCCUGUCUCACCGACUUGUGUGUCUACUACCGCCUUGAAGACUACAAGGUCCCCCCUACUUCCACCAUUACAUCCCGCACUCCUACUCGCUCGUCCUUGCGGGCAUCCUCUCACACUGGCCGCUCCUACCCCGCUCCUACUAUGGCAACCCGUUCCCGGACAUCCUCUCGAGCCCAGUCCCCUUUUGAUCCAAGAGACCUGGGACCCCAACUUCCGUCAGCCACCCCUAUCGAACUUGGGGAAGUCUCCCUCGAGCGGGUUACCCGUCUCCUCCUUGGCCUCCUCAGCCAAGUCAAGAAUCUCGAGCAAAAGCUCAAAGAAGUCAAGGAAACAGGGAUCGAAACCCAAACCAAUGUCGAAAAUAUUUCCCAAACCGUCGAUGUUGUCAAGGAUGGGCUUCGAAGCCUCCAACUCCAUGGGCCAAGGACCCCAGAAGAAGCUAAGCCCCCGGUUGUGGAAGCAACGCCACGCCCCCUACACAAGACCAAGCCUGUUGGAUCGGUUAGUGGGCCCUCCUUCUGGCCCGAGCAACCAAAAGGGCUCCCCAGCUUUGCCCAGCCAGCCCCCCAGAGGGCCAUACCCCCGCGAGUCCCUUCUCCCCUUCCAUCUCUGCGUCUCCGAUCCCCCAUUGGAGCACCUGCCCCUCCACCUCCGGCUCCAGUCGCCGCCUAUCCUGCUCCGGUCAAGGUUGACCACCCAGACGCCUAUACAGGCAAAAUUGGGAGUGAAGCCAAGCAAUGGCUCACGAGGAUGUUGGCAUGGACCCGACUGAACGCCCGGAUGUUCCCCACGGAUCAGGAGGUUUUAUCCUUCCUCCUGAUGAAUAUGAAGGAUGCUGCCGGAGCUUGGGCCCACCCUCACCUGGAUCAGCUUGGCUCUCACCGAGCCAUCAUCCAAACCGUGGAAGGCUUUAAAUUGGAGUUUUUGGCAGCAUUUGGCGACCCUGAUGCCACAAGGGCCGCCGAGCGGAAGAUCACCACCCUCACCCAGUCCGGCACCUGCGCGGACUACAUUACAAAGUUCAGAACCCUAGCAAUGGAACUGGACUGGAACGACGCGGCCCUUCAAGGCCAGUUUGCCCGCGGCCUCCACUGGGAGGUUAGCCGCCAGAUUGCCACCCGCGAGCACCAACCCCGCACCCUCCUUGAGCUGCAAAACGCAGCACUUGUCAUCGACAACGCUCUUUGCAAAGAGCGCGCUAGCCACCCGCCAAGGGAUAAUAAGUCUAGCAAACCAUCCAACCCCGCAAGGGGGACGAGUACCGGUCAAUCAACUACCGGAUCAAAGAAACUUUCCGAUGACCCCAACUUUGUGUCAGAGGAGGAACGCAACCGCCGCCGCGCUGCAGGCGCUUGUAUCAAAUGCGGCAAAAUGGGUCAUAAGUUUGCAGAUUGCCGCACGGGCUGGAAGGCCACCCCUAUCAAGGAAAAGGGGAAGGCCAAGGAAACCGCCAAGAUUGGCGAAGACUCUGAGUACCAAUCGGGAAAAGAGUAA